AUGAAUAUCCUUAACUUGGUGGAUAACAUGUCUUAUCCUUUGAGACUGACUCUUAUGAUGCCCAAAGAAUCUAAAUCAUAUUGGCAUAUAUAUUUCACUUGUUUUCUUUUCAUUUAUUUGCUUAUAUUAUCAAUUAACAUUCGUCUAGUUAUGGUCAUUAUCAUGCAGAAAUCUCUUCAUGAACCAAUGUACAUAUUCUUGUGUCAUCUGUCUGUAAAUGGAGUUUAUGGAGCUUCAGGUUUUUAUCCAAAAUUUCUGUCUGAUUUAUUAUUGGAUUCAUACAUGAUCUCUGCUCAUAUGUGUGCUCUGCAAUGCUAUGUUAUUUACAGCUCUUUACUGUGUGAGUUUACCAUAUUAACAGUGAUGUCUUAUGAUAGGUAUGUCGCCAUAUGCAAACCUUUAGACUAUCAUUCCAAAUUAACUAAAAACACCUGUGUGAAAUUAAUUCUGUUCUCCUGGAUUGUUCCUAACUUCUCUGUGAUUCCAGCAAUCCUGUUAUCAAACCUUAGGCCAUUUUGUAAAUUUCAUAUCGACAAAUUAUAUUGUGACAACUGGUCAAUUGUAAAACUGUCUUGUGCCUCAUCUUUUGUUAAUAAUGUCUAUGGAUAUAUUGUUGCUGUUAUAUUUUGUUGCUGUGCUGUUAUCAUCAUUGUGUCCUAUGUUAAACUGAUCUCUGCAUGUAAAGCAUCUUUAGAAAAUAGAAGGAAAUUCUGGCAAACAUGUCUGCCACACAUAUUAUCACUGAUCAAUUAUACUUUUGCUUUGCUUUUUGAUGUUAUGUAUAGCAGAUAUGGUUCAAAUGAUAUUUCAGAAAGUCUCCGCAAUUUUUUGGCUCUAGAACUGGUGUUAGUCCCACCUCUGUUCAAUCCUUUAAUAUAUGGACUGAAUAUUAGAGCAGUGCGUAGAGUUUUUGCCUCAUGCAUUUCCACAAGAGUGAACAUAUAG